AUGGAAUUGACACCAGUACAAGGUAAUUGUAUUUUAAAUAAAACAAAUAAUAAAAUACCAGAUGCUAAUCGUUUUUCAAUGGACGUUAAUACGUCGCUUGAUAAUAUUUAUCAUAAAUGUCCUGAAGAUGAUAAUGGAGAUGGUGGUAAAAAAAAUUUGAAACACGGACACAUGGCGAUUAUUGAUGAAGAAAAUGACGAAGAUGGAAGAUUUAGUAACAACAAAGUUGGUAGUAUUAAUAAAUUAAUUAGUGAUAAAGAAAGUUUGGAGUGUGAUGCGAUUGAAGGGACACCGGAACAAACUCAGCAGAGUCAGUUGAGAAGAAAUAUUUCUCGAUUAAUUGGGCAAAAAACUAGUGUUGCGAGUAAAAAUGAUGAUGAAGGUAGAGGUGGACUGGACAAGACGAUUAUUUUAGACGAUUUGACUCUUGAUAAAAAUCCUAAACACAAUAGUCCUGUUUCUUUGUCUCCGCUUAGUCCGAUGCCCAGUAGUUUGAGUCCUGUACAAGUAAAGAAACCGAUCAGAAGAAGAAGAGUCAGAAGAAAUGUCACCCAGCCUGUCUUCACUAGGUCACAAGUCAAUAGUAUCAAUCAUGGAACUCGAGUUUCUACGUCGAGUUUGAGUGACUCGAAUCUUCAAGCUGAAACACAGAAGACGAAAAUAAUCGAGAAGGAGACGGAGGAAGAGAAGAAGAAUAAGAAGAAGAGAAUUAUUAAGAGUAAAAAAAUAGUUUGCAAAAAAGCUAAUAAAUGUAAUUUAUUGAGCUUAGUUAGUCAGAAAAUUAACAAGAAUGGAGCUGGAACUCAAGCUUACGAUAAUAAUAAUGAUCCUGGUGAUAAUGACAGUCCAAUGAGUUCAAAUGUAUUUAUGGAAAAUAAAAGAUUGGCGAAAAAAAGUCGUAAUCACAGUAAAUCUAUUAUUAUUGUAGCUACGGGUUUAUGUAACGGGGAUAAAGAUAUCGUUAGAGAGGCGAUUAAAAAAAUUGGCGGGGCUAAAAUGGAAUCUACUGUUAGUAAAAAAACAACUCAUGUUGUUACAACUGGAGUCCGUACCAUUAAUUUACUUCGUGGUAUAAUAAGGGGUUGCUGGGUUUUAAAGUUUCAGUGGAUUAAAAACUCAAUAGAAGCUUCUGAAUGGCUUGUUCCUGAUAAAUAUGAAAUUGAACAUUUUUCAAAAGUACUCAAGGAAAAUCGACGAGAUCGAGAAAUAUUUGGCAGCUCAUACGUACCCGAGUUAUUUACAGCCAGUGGAUUGAUACAUAUUCAAAACAACACAACCCCACCCCAAAAUGUAUUAAAGGAGUUAAUUAAAACAGCCGGUGGUUAUACAAUUGAUGAUCCUAAAAAAGCUAGAAUAAUAAUUGGGCCCACUGGUCUUAAAGAACUUUGGGUAUUAGAUUCAAUUACAACCGGUGAAUUACAACCUAUUGAUCAGUACAAAAGAUAA